UCCUCCUCCCCCACUACCACCACGCUAUCGUCACGUCAACGUUUUACUCGUAUCACCUCUUUAGCAGGCGGGGGCGGGGGAGCGUUGGAUGGAAUCCUUGGUCGCAUCUUGAAGCGACAAGUAAAUCGCAUACGUGGAAAAUUGAAUCAGAUAAUGGGCGGGGUAAAACAAAGAAAUAAACGUGCAUGGCAUAUCGACGGUGACGAGCAAGAGACAUGGCCAAGAGAUAGGAAUGGGAUCCAGAAAAGUUGGGUAUACGACAAAGGGAACAUAACAUACCGGACGGACUUUUACUUCUAUACACCCGCACCCAAAGUUCUCGGAGUCGUUUCGGUAGACGUUGCACAGUCGUUAACGUGGGAUGAUAUGUCGUGGGCCUCGCGGAUGGAGAGGGCCCGAGUG